AUGGGCCUGCUGUCCCUUGCCUUGCUGCUGUCACUUUCCUGCGUCUCAGGACUGCCAUUCUACAAUGGCUUCUACUAUUCCCAUGGCCCGCAUGGCAGGACCCUGAGCGAUGGCUACGGGGAAGGCCUUUUCAAUGGAGUAAAGCUGGUGGUGGAGACAACUGAGGAGUCCCUGUUCAGUCACCGGGGAGCCACUGUGACCCUGCCCUGCCACUACCACUAUGAGCCGGCCCUGGCGUCCCCGAGACAUGUGCGUGUGAAGUGGUGGAGGUCGUCAGAGAACGGGUCCCCGGAGCAGGAUGUGCUGGUGGCUAUCGGGCCGAGGCACCGCUCCUUCGGGGACUACCAAGGGCGAGUACAGCUGCGGCAGGACACACAGCAGGAAGUCUCGCUGGAGCUCAGGGACCUGCGGUUGGAGGACUCUGGGCGCUACCGCUGCGAGGUCACUGAUGGGCUGGAGGACCAGAGUGGCCUGGUAGAGCUGGAGCUUCGGGGCGUGGUUUUUCCCUACCAGUCUCCCGAAGGGCACUACCAGCUCAACUUCCACGAGGCCCAACAGGCCUGCCGGGAGCAGGACGCUGUGGUGGCUUCCUCUGAGCAGCUCUUCCGUGCCUGGGAGGAGGGCCUGGACUGGUGCAAUGCCGGCUGGCUGCAGGACGCCUCUGUCCAGUACCCUAUAGUGCUGCCCCGGCAGCCUUGCGGAGGCCUCGGCUUGGCGCCGGGUGUUCGCAGCUAUGGCCAGCGUCACCGCCGCCUGCACCGCUAUGAUGUGUUCUGCUUCGCUGCUGCCCUCAAGGGGUGGGUGUACUACCUGGAGCACCCUGAGAAGUUAACACUGCAGGAGGCCAGGGAGGCCUGCCUGGAAGACGGCACACAGAUCGCUACAGUGGGCCAGCUCUUUGCUGCUUGGAAGUUCCGUGGCCUGGAUCGCUGUGAUGCUGGCUGGCUGGCGGAUGGAAGUGCCCGCUACCCCAUAGUUCACCCACGCCCCAACUGUGGGCCCCCCGAGCCAGGAGUACGGACAUUCGGCUUCCCAGACCCACAUGCCCGCUAUGGUGUCUACUGUUACCGCCAGCGUUAG